AGCUCAGUAUGUCAGUCAGCUUACAGUGAAUACAGCAUUCAAAUAUUCGAAGAGUAAAACCGCCGUGCGAAAAUCGCGACCUUGCGAAUAAUGUGUUUACGUAAUAAAAAUUAGAUCAAACAAAUUGAAUUUCGCGAGUGACCGAGCAGUUGGAUAGUGAAAACACAAAAAAUGGUUCCAGUUCUAUUGAAUCGCGCACGAUUGUUCCUCAAUCAAUAUCCCGUCGCUCGAGGAAUGGUUACCUACAGUCUAUUGUGGCCAACAGGAUGUCUCAUUCAACAGUCGGUCACUGGAACCCAUUGGAGAGAUUUGGACUGGAUGAAAUGCUUUAGAUUCUUUGUGUACGGCGGAUUUAUUGUGGCUCCCAGUCUUUAUUGCUGGAUAAGGCUAGCUUCCAUGAUGUGGCCAGCGCAGACAUUAAGAUCUGCGAUUGCAAAGGCUCUCACAGAACAAGUUAGCUAUACGCCGCUAGCGAUGACGUGUUUCUACUUCGGGAUGAGCCUUCUGGAGUCAAAAACUGUCGAUGAGUCAAUAGCGGAAGUCAAAGCCAAGGUCCCACCGACAUACAAGGUGGCCAUUUGCAUCUGGCCUUUGUUGCAAACGUUCAAUUUUUCGGUGGUGCCUGAGAAAAAUCGAGUCCCGUUUGUUAGCAUGUGCAGUCUUUUGUGGACAAUUUUCCUCGCUUACAUGAAACAGCUGGAGCUUGAGAAGCUGCAGAAGUCUAAAUCUAUCAUUUCGAAAUAACAUGGAAAUAUAGGACUGAUGAUAAAUUAAACGAUACCUUAGACUAUACGACUUAUAAA